GUCUUUUACACACAGCUCUUACCACGGCUUCUAUAAAGCAUUUGGAACCGGACCACUUGGAAAACACCUUCAUCAGACCCGAGAGUUUGAAAGAAACAGGUGCUGAAUCUUAGCUUUUCCCCUAAACAAGAAGAAUGGGCUGCAAUCGAAACUGUGGGCUCAUCGCUGGCGCUGCCAUUGGUGCAGUCCUGGCUGUGUUUGGUGGUGUUCUAGUGCCAGUUGGAGACAUGCUUAUUGAGAAGACAGUUAAAAAGGAAGCUGUCCUUGAAGAAGGUACAAUUGCUUUUAAAAAUUGGGUUAAAACAGACACAGAUGUUUAUAGACAGUUCUGGAUAUUCGAUGUACAGAAUCCAGAGGAAGUGGAAGUUCACAGCAGCAAAAUUAAAGUCAAGCAAAGGGGUCCUUACACAUACAGAGUUCGUUAUCUAGCCAAGGAAAAUAUAACCCAGGACCCUGAGACCCACACGGUCUCUUUUCUGCAGCCCAACGGCGCCAUCUUUGAACCCUCGCUAUCAGUUGGAACUGAGGAUGACACGUUCACCAUUCUCAACCUGGCUAUAGCAGCUAUACCACAUCUCUAUCCAAAUUCAUUUAUUCAAGGAAUACUCAAUUCACUUAUCAAAAAGUCCAAAUCUUCCAUGUUUCAAAACAGAACUUUGAAAGAACUAUUGUGGGGCUAUACGGAUCCAUUCUUGAAUUUGGUUCCAUAUCCUGUUACUACUACAGUUGGUGUGUUUUAUCCUUACAACAACACUGCAGAUGGAGUUUAUAAAGUUUUCAAUGGAAAAGAUGACAUAAGCAAAGUUGCCAUAAUUGACACAUAUAAAGGCAAAAAGCAUCUCUCCUAUUGGGCAAGUUAUUGUGACAUGAUUAAUGGUACAGAUGCAGCUUCAUUUCCACCUUUUAUUGAGAAGACCCGGGUAUUGCAAUUCUUCUCCUCGGACAUUUGCAGGUCAUUUUAUGCUGUGUUUGGAGCUGAAAUUAAUCUAAAAGGAAUCCCUGUGUACAGAUUUGUUCUUCCAUCCAGGAUUUUUGCAUCUCCACUUCAAAAUCCAGACAACCACUGUUUCUGCACAGAAAAACUUCUCUCAAAAAAUUGUACCUUAUAUGGUGUGCUAGACAUUAGCAAAUGCAAAGAAGGAAAACCUGUGUACAUUUCACUUCCUCAUUUUCUACAUGCAAGUCCAGAAAUUGCAGAACCUGUUGAAGGCUUAAGUCCAAAUGAAGAAGAACAUAGCACAUACUUAGAUGUUGAACCUGUAACUGGAUUCACUCUACAGUUUGCAAAACGGCUGCAGAUCAAUAUAUUGGUUAAACCAGCAAGAAAAAUUGAAGCAUUAAAGCACCUAAAGCAGAACUAUUUGGUGCCUAUUCUUUGGCUUAAUGAGACUGCCACCAUUGCUGAUGAGAAGGAAGCAAUGUUCAUAGAUCAAGUAACUCGAAAAAUAAACCUCCUUCGCCUGGUACAAAUAAUCUUUCGGAGUAUUGGUACAGUGAUGUUUGUUGCUUUUAUGAUUUCAUACUGUGCAUGCCGAGUGGGGUGUUAAAUAAGGAGCAAAUGAGUCUUCACAUUCAUGCAUCAGCUACGUUAGGACCAUUCUUAAUAUGGACCAACAAAAUGAAGAUUUGAUAUGCUUUAUCUUUGCAAGCACACCUUAUCUUAUAGUUGAAGAACUCGUGGCAUUUUUUGUUUUGCACUGAGCAUAAGCACACUGCUAAAGGAUCACUAAGAUGCCAUCCACACUUUGAACAAAAAUAGGUUUUAAAAUUCAACAUACACACACAAUUGAAUUAAAUUUCUACAGACCUCACUUAUUCAUGAUACACUUAUUUUUAUUGGGUAUUGAUUUACUAAUUGGUUCCCUGGUGGUAAAUAUGGAAGAGGACUGGACAACCUAAACAAAUCCUGGAUCUUGAACACUUGUCUUCCUCAAAGGGGAAAUGUCAUUACCCUUAUCGGUGUCCCUGCAACAACACAGACCCCAAGACUGUUGGUACAUUGCAUUUCAUGAGGAUCAACUAUUUUGAAAAGCAUUUAAGAACGGUAACCAAAUGCUUGGCCUCUGAACCAUUUAUUAUACAUUACUUCAGUUUCUUUCUUUAUGGAAUUGUUCAUAAUCAUGCUCUCCUUAACAAUAUAUGCUUAUAUUUUUGUCAAUAGUUAUGUAAAUGGGUAUGUAAAAGAAUUUUGUCAUCUUCCAUGUUCAUCAGCACUUCUGGAAAACUGAGUACAUUUUGAUCUUUUCACUCAGCUGCAUAAACUUAUGCUUGGCAAUUUCAGAAUGCUGUGCUAGAAUUCCCUGGUGGUCCAGUGCAGGGGACCCAGGUUUGAACUCUGGUCCAGGAAGAUUCCACAUACAGCAAGACAGCUAAGCCCAAGUGCUACAAUUACUGAUGCCCAUGCACCUAAAGACCAUGCUCUGCAACGAGAGAAGCCACAAGGAGAAGCCCAUGCGUCACAAGUAGCCCCUGCUGACCACUGCUAGAGAAAGCCUGCGCACAGCAAUGAAGACCCAGCACAGCCGCAAAGUACAUGAAUAAAACUGAAAAGAAUUCUCUGCUAGUGUUAAGAGAUGUAAAUGAAAAUAAAAAGUAUUGCAUGAAAGGGAACGAUGAGUAGAAUGUGCAUUAAUGGUUACUUAUUGUAAUAUUUCUUGCUUUCACAGUCACUGCAGAGAGACUGGUUUCAUUCAUUAAAA